AUGUUUGACUUUGACGGAAAGGUGAGCGGAAAUAGCCGCGUAAAUCUAGGUGGCAGAGGCGGGAGGAAAGGCGCUCGCCCCGCUGCCGAAGAAAGCCGUUCCGACUUUGUGAAGCGCCAGCAUCAGGAGCGCGAAGCUCGGGAGCGCAGGAGGAUACGGGAAGCAGCUUCCAAAAAGAUCCAGGCUGUUUACCGUGGUCAUCGAUGUCGAGAGCUCCAAGGAGCAGAAAAGCGUCAGGUUUUCGACAAACGAUGUGCCGACAUCAGUAAGGUCAGUGGCCUCAUGCCACCACCGCAAAAGGCAAAGUUUGUCUUCCACGCGCUUGUGCCGCUGAUGCGGCUCUUCGCCUUGUUCUUCAGGAGAAAGCAAGACGAGGCCAGGCUGUCGCAGCUGCUGGAGCUGCUUCAUUAUUCCGGUCAAGCAGAGGGCUGCAACAUUUUCCAAAUCCUUGCGGUGGAGGAGUCUGCACCCAAAGAUGUGACGCGGACCGGCCUGUUGGCUCUGGUAAGGAAGGUUUUGGCCGCACUUUUGGCCUGCCAAAGACUCAUGGAUGCAGCAAAGCUGCUCUUGACGAUUCAAAAGGCAAUCUUUUCACCCGGCCCUGAAUACAAGGCGCUCGGGAUCAAUUCAGGUGUAACAAUUGCAAGUUUGCUGAGACCAGAAAUUUUCCAGGUUUUGUCUCCGCUGUGUAUGUCUGAGCCAUUGCAGGUUGCGAACAUGGUCAAUUUGAUGUGCUCAGGCUUGGAUGCGAUCUCCCUGGCAACAGUCGAACAGUCGCUGCGUUGUCGCCAGGAAUUGCUGGCGCUUCUUCUGUCCACUCCGCAGAUUGGCGAGAGUCUCUGCGCGAGCGAGGAGAUGGCCAAGCCAAGCCUUGUGCUGUCGCUGCAACGUGUGUGCGGCUUGCUCGUCCACACUGCAGGGGUACUUGGAGCCGCAACACAGAGGUCGGGCAGCCCCGCGCAUGUGCUGGACAACAUUGCCGUGAUCCUGGAGCGCUUUGCCCUCCAGCAUGACAGCAGCUUCUCUACCGGCUCUGCAGAGUUGUUGGCCUUCCUUCAGUGGCUCUCCUGGUCAAAGGAGCAGGUGGGCAUUGGAGCCGACGAUGCCAAAGCAAGCGCCAGGGCAGCUAUGACAUUGAAUCGUGGUAGCUUUGCCCGCUUGCUGCUCUCAUCUGUGGACCACGGAAGAGAUGAUAUCCUUUUGGCCAUAUGCCGCCUGUACUUUGCUCCGUCAGAUGGAACAGCAGAGGCUGAAUGCGACCCGCCGCAGGAGGUGCUACAAACGCUGGCCUUUGCCACGCCGCUGGCAGAACGACUGUUCCCAACAUUCAGAGGGCUGAUGAGGAAUCGGAGUGCUCAGGACGUGUUCGAAACUCUCGGUCCACCAAUGCUGGCAGCACCAGAGGCAAUCAGACUCAGGGUUUUCUGCUCGGUUUAUGCUCUGCAGCUGCAACCGAUGUACGACUACGAGUUCUUUGGAGCUGCCAACCCUCUGAGACUUGAGGAGGUACGGGAGCUACUCCCUUUCCUCAACCGUCUCACGUAUCACUUCGUGACCACGAUGCCGGACCAGGCGGCGUUGCUGCCUGCAGCUAGAGCACUCCGCACCAGUCUCACUUCUCUGAUCUGCCUGCUGUACCAUCGGCAUCGGCGGAAAGCGAUCUUGGAGAAUGACAGCGCAUGGAUCAUUCCAGAGUCCCGUGCGCUGUUGCGGCGUGCUCCUUCCGCCAUCAAUUUGGGCGUAGAUGUACCGGAUGAAGCAAUGGAGCCGGCCGAUGAUGAGGAUGAGGCCAUGGAGAUUGAUGAUGAAGGGCCGCAGGCACCGGAGCGAAGCAGCGUGCCCAGUGCUAGUGCGACAUCCUCGCAGAACUUGGCUGAACGUGCAUUGCAAGCGACACUGGCUGAGAUUCCUCAUGUCCUCCCUUUUGAGGACAGAGUCUCUGUGCUGCACAGCGCCAUCCUGGCCGAUCAGGAAGAGAGGCGUGCCUACCGUGGUCCUUGGGGCCCAUCUGCCAUGGAGAAACAUCAGAUUCGUCGAAAUUUCCUUGUCGAGGAUGGUAUAGCUGCCUUUGAAGGCCUGGAUGAUGAACAGGGCCUUCGCGACACGUUUCGAGUCGAGUUCAUCGCGCCAGACGGCACUCCGGAAAGCGGAGUGGACGGUGGUGGACUGUUCAAGGAGUUCAUGGUGCACAUCUGCCGUGAGAUGUUUGAUCCGGAGUUCGGCCUUUUCAGCGCGACGUCUGAUCACACCCUCUACCCUGCCACUUCAGCCUUCGCGAAGUACCGGCAAGCUGCUGACUUGUACACAUUUCUGGGCAAGGUCGUGGGAAAGGCGAUAUACGAGAUGUUCCUGCUGGAACCGCAGUUCAGCAGGGUUUUCGUAAAUCGCUUACUCGGACGUGUGAACGAGGUGGACGAUGUGGCUUCCUUGGACAAGGAAUUGCACAAAAACAUGUUGCAGAUCAAGGAAUGCCCAGAUGUCGAGGGGCUUGGCAUUACGUUUAGCAUCUCUGUCACCGAGAAAGGUGUGCACAAGGACAUCGAUCUCAUUCCUGGUGGCAGUGAUAUUCCUGUCACGCGCGAGAAUCUGACACGCUACUUGCACCUGAUGGCGAACUUCAGGACGAACGUGCAGUUUCAGCGGCACACUACUGCCUUUCUGAGCGGGCUGCAGAAGGUGCUCCCUGUGGCUUGGUUAAAGAUGUUUGAUCCUUAUGAGCUCAACACUCUGAUCUCCGGUUCUACCGCCGGGUUUGACGUCAAGGAUCUACGUGCAAACACCGUCCUCUCCGGGGGCUAUCAGGACGACAGCCCAUGCAUUGUCUGGCUCUGGAAGCUUUUGCAAGAGGAUUUGGAGCCGGAGGACAUGAGCAAGUUCUUAAUGUUCUGCACAUCUUGCAGUCGCGCGCCGUUGUUGGGGUUUCAGAACUUGAACCCGAAGUUCUGUGUGCACCGCGUGCCAGAUUCAGAGCGACUUCCAACGAGUGCGACGUGUGCCAACUUGCUGAAGCUGCCGGACUAUGUCAGCUAUGAGAGUCUGAAGUCGAAAGUCUUGCAAGCAAUCCGCGCAGAAGCUGGCUUUGAUUUGAGCUAG